AAGUCUACUGAACUGAAAUUAGUACCAAACGGAGGUUGAAACAUAGUACAACUCAGCAAAAGCAGUGGUGGAGCUUUCUUUGUUUUGCAGUGGAAUUUCUUGAAUCAGCAAUGGCCCAGAAUACAUUGGCACAGCGGAAAGAAAAGAUAAUUGAACUGUUAAGGGAUAACAAAGUCAAAAUAAUUGUUCUUGUUGGGGAAUCUGGAAUUGGUAAAACAUGGACUGCCAGAGAGAUAGCCAGGCGUGCAAUUAAGGUUGACUUAUACAAGAUCAUCCUUUGGGUGUUUCUGAACAGAGAAUAUGACAGCAGUGCUCUCCGUGACAGUAUUGCUCAUCAGUUGUGUCUACUUCCCACCACUGAGGAGUGGGAAAGUGAGGAUGACAAAGAGGAGGCAGAGAAGGAGGAGAAUGGGAAAGACUUGCAGAAACAGAUAUAUGAAGCACUUAAUGGAAAGAGUUUUCUUUUAAUUUUGGAUGAUGAAGGAAAUAAAAUGGAUGAAGGACGGAUUAUGUCCGAACUGGAAACCCUGCUGAAUCUUAGCCAGCAGAGCUCAUGUAAGGUUUUAAUCACUAGCACGAACAGCCACCUUCCUAAGGAAGGGAGGGAAGUGUUUGAGGUGGAGCCUUUAUCCAUGGAAGAAUCAUUGUCUUUAUUGCGAGAAAGAGUGGGGACAACAGUUUACGAAGUUCCAGGUAUUAAAUCAUUAGCUGAAACUUUUAUCGGAAAGGCUAGAGGGUUUCCUGCUGCAGUUCUCGUGUUUGCUAAAGCUUUAAGUUACUUUGGACAACAUGGCUCGGGGGUGAGGUUGCUAGAAAGUGCUUUGGAGGAAGCAUUUGAUAAUGAAAGAUGUAACAUAACACAGUUACUGUGCACUGGGUAUGGAAUGCUUUUUUUUCUUAAUUGGUACUCACACACACAUGCCUCCACCAAGACUCGAACCCCUGACCUCCCUUUAGGAAGUAGAAGCCUGGUACCGCUAAGUCACUGGCCUUUUGGAACGCUGCCGCUCAGUGUUCUAAUUGAUUGCUGUCGGCAUGGCAGCCACUUCUUCCGCAAGCAUGGAAGCAUUCAUUACAAUGAGUUGAUAGCUUACUGGGUGGUUGAAGGAUAUCUUGGUCGCAUCGAUUGUAUUGAGAACGCUUAUGAGAAGGGACAUCAUGUUUUAAUGGAGCUUAUAGAUUGUGGGAUAUUGAAAAAGGUGGAGGCUAAUUACAUUAUCAUGGAAGAAGCAAUGAUGAAUUUGGAUGACUACCAUUGUUGUGGAUUUGGUGGGACAGCCAAUCUUGGAUUGGCUAAUGUGUUUGGGAAUAGCGAGUGGAAAGGCCUUGGGAAAAUCACUUGGGCAGAUGGUAUGAUUAAAACACUUUGUUCUGGUAAACAAGAGCAUAAACUAUUGACAUUGCUGCUCGAUGGAAACCGUCUUGGCAGGGAAGUCCCAGACAAUUUCUUUGAUUCCAAGCAGGAUCUCCAAGUUCUUGCCCUUUUUAACCCGACACUGAAGUCACUACCAUGUCCCUUGGAUAAAAUGGUUGAUCUUCGUGUGCUUGUGCUCAGAGGCUGUGAAUUUUUGGAGAAAAUUGACCACACCCAAGCACUUACAAGGUUAACUGUUCUCGAGAUAUCUGGUGCUACCUCCUUGAAAACAAUCCCAGAUGAUUUACCUGAUGAUCUUUUUCAGCAUAUGCCCCACCUUCGGAGCCUCAAUAUGUCUGCAGUCCAGAUUGACAAGUUACCUUCAUCUCUUUAUGACCUCAAUGAACUGUGCUGGCUCAUCCUUAGAGGCUGUUCUUGCUUAGUAACACUGGCAAGUCUCAGAAAACUUAAUAAACUUGUGGUACUUGAUCUUUCUGGUGCUACCUCCUUGAUAACUAUCAAAGACAAAACCUUUGGUCAAAACAAGGAACUUAAAAUGCUUGAUCUAUCCCAAACCCGGAUUAAAAGCUUACCGAAACUACUCAAUCUUGGAGAUCUCACUCAUCUCUCACUAAGUGGCUGUAAAGCCUUAGAUAGACUACCCAGCAUUCAGUCACUGACCAGUCUACAAAAUCUUGAUCUUUCAGGUGCAGAAAAGUUCAAUGAAUUCCAUGAGCAUUCAUUAGAAAGAAAUGCUGGUCUCAAAAUCCUUAAUUUGUCAGAAACUGGUGUUACAUGCCUCCCUUCCAACAUUAGCAACCUUCGUCAUCUCUUUUUAAGACAAUGCUCUCGGCUAAAGAGUCUAUCUGGAACUGAAGCUCUUAAUAAAGACCUCGAGAUACUUGAUCUUGCAGGUGCUUAUAAUCUGGUCGAAAUCUCAGACAAAUUCUUUGAACAUCUGAGCUCCCUUCGAAUCCUUAACCUUUCAGAAACCAAAAUAGAAGCAUUACCACCCAUUUUCAAUCUUUGUAACCUUCGGCAGCUUAAUCUUUCAGGAUGUAGUGCUUUGACAGCAAUAGAAGAUAAAUCCUUUGAUCAGAUGUCUUGCCUUCAGAAACUUGACCUUUCUGGAACAAAUGUUGAAUACCUGCCAUCCCUUUCAAAUUGUUGCAACCUUCGUCACCUCUUACUCAAAAAAUGCACUAACGUGAAGGUACUUCCACAGAUUGAAUCGCUUUCAAAACUUGAGGAGCUAAACUUAUGUGGCAUCAACUCUUUGAAAGAAGCUGGAGCUAAUUUCUUGGAGCAAAUGUACAACCUUCAGAUACUUGACCUCUCGGAAACCCAGCUUGAACAGUUACCAUCCAUGGAAAACCUCAAAAACCUUCGUCAACUUUUCCUGAGAAGUUGCCCACACUUAAAAAUGGUGCCACAGUUGGAAGCACUUACAAAGCUUGAAGUUCUGGAUCUUUCUGGAACAGCAGUUGAGUCUCUACCACCAUUUAACAAUUUUAGCAACCUGCGGUCUCUCAUGCUUACAGAUUGCUUUUGCUUAAAAGAUUUUCUGCAUCUGGAGAUUCUUGAUCUGUUGGAAGCCACUGAAAUAGAACUUCCCUAUGGGAUCUCGAAAUUGACUCGUCUUGAGCACCUUGAUCUGCCAAACACGAAAAUAGAUGAGAGUGAAAAUGUGAAGGCCCCACUAGAAGAGCCAAAUCAAUAUCAGUGGAGCAUCUCGAGUUUGCCAGUUGAAACACUCAAAAACAAUGAUAGAUCUCUCAUACCUGUAAGUAGUACUCAAUUUCUUCAGGUUUUGGAGAAAAAUCCCUCCUUGUGGGAAACAAGAUUCAAGAAAUUUCAUUUCUGUGUUCAUCCAGUUGAUGGGCAAAAUACAAAUGGGGACAGAUACUUUUACCGAAAUGAACUUAUCUUCAGGGAUAUCCACUUACAGACCAGGGAACUUGUUCAUUGGAAAGAAGAAAGAUCGUUGGAGAUUUGUGGAUUUGAUUGUUUUCCCGAGGGUAUUGAGGAGCUUCUCAGUCAUGCUGACUGUGUACUUUUAAUAGAUAAUAUGUCUAAAAGAUGGUUAUCUGAUUUAGGAGCUUCCAACCUCAAGGUAAUGAAAGGCUGUUGGAUUGAGAGAUGUAUACAAAUGGAGAGUGUUUUCUAUGCAGAAGAUACUGAAGCUAUUGCAAAAGUGGGGAAGAAUUUGGAAAUUCUAGGUGUUUCAAAUGCAGUUAGUUUAAAGAGCAUAUACAGUGAAAGCUUGCAAAGCGAGGUCUUCCAAAACCUGAAGUAUAUAUAUCUAGAUUGUUGUCCAAAGCUUUCAACUGUUUUCUCUUCAUCACAGCUGCCAGUGAACCUCAAAGUUCUCCAUAUUAAAUUUUGUGAUAAAUUGGAAACCGUGUUUGACCAAAUGUCACCAGAUCACCCUGGAUUGCUAAAAUUAGACAUACUGCAUCUGUUGGAACUACCACAAUUGAAGAGCAUUGGGUGCAAGUUGCCAUCUCUACAAACUCUAAAGGUCUGGCAGUGUCCAAAAUUGCAGAAAUUGGAAGAAUAUAUCAAUCUGGCUGAAAGUUUACAGAUUUUAUGGAUUUCCAAUGUUUCUGAUUUGAGGAGGAUAUACGCUGGCAUAAGGCAAACAGAGUGCUACAAAAACCUUAAAACUUUGAUUCUUGAGAGUUGCUCUAUGCUUGUAAAUGUUUUCUCUUCGCCCCAGCCACCAAUGAACCUUGAGACUCUCCAAAUCAAAUCUUGUGAUAAAUUGGAGACUGUGUUUGAACACAGCUCAUCAGCGGACUAUACACUGCCAGUGCUGCACACUUUGCAUCUGCAAAAACUGCUGAAAUUGAAGAAGUUUGGGGGUAAAUUUCCAUCCCUACAAGAUCCUGUUGUCACUGAAUGCCCAACUUGCAGAGACUUCCCAGUGGCGUGAAUGACAAGGUUUCUGUUACUUACCGGAGAUAAUGACUUGGGACGAAGAUAUUAGGUGAUCAGGGAAUCAGAAACUGUCAGGAAACAAACUUUACCUGCGUCUCAUGCCAGAUGCUCAAGAAAAUUCCCUUGAGAUGCUGAACAAGUCUCACCUUUAGCAUUCCGCAUCAGAUUUCAGCUAAUCCCUCAAGGCUCUCCCUCCACAUAAGAACUGGUACUUCAAGAUCUGCUACUCCUUCAAGAUGUCUCAGUCAAGCUCAAAUAUUGCAAGAGGCAAUGCUCCAAGGAAUUUGAGGUACAAUAGUAUGACUUGUUAUUGUGGUGUAACAGCUGCAAUAAGGGUUACAAUUUACGACACUUAUCACAACAAAGGGAAGUUGUAUUAUACCUGUGAAAGAAAAAAAUGUUCAUUGUGGGAGUGGUGCAACCCCAUUGGUACAAUAGGUGGUUAUGAAUCAUCUACAAAUCAAGAUGGUGAAGUUCAACCGAAUGAUGAUGUUGCUUAUCUGAGAGACCAAUAUGAAGCGAUGAAUAGGAUCUGAUUGAAGCAAGAAAUGGACAAAUGAAGAUGUUCAUUAUUGCAGCUUUGUUGUUGUCUUUCUUAGCCUUGUUAAAAACAUUUUAGUAGCUAUUAAGUUUGUACUGUGUUAAGAAAAAAUAUGACAUUUAUGUGUUCAUAUGAGCUAGAAGCAAUGUAAGUCUGUUUUUGAAGAAAUAUGACACUUAUGUAUUCCAUAUAAACUAGAAGCAAUAUAAGUCUAUUAAGAAGAAAUAUAAAA